AGUAAGUGACUCACCAGGGCACUUUUCCUGUUUUCUUCAGGAAAUGCUUCAUCUUUUCAGCAUUUCAGAACCCAAGAUCCUGCCGUUUUCGUUCAGUCUCUGAGAGAUCUCACCUAUUUUUCUAAUGCAAACCAAAAAUCCCUGCUCCCUGCACUCCUGAAGWGCUGAAGAGCUGGACCACUGUUGAAGAAAUCCCCAGGGAGGUGAGUCCUGCCAGUGCUUUCUUGUGGAGAAGAUUUUGUGGACACCUCCCACAGAUCACAAGGCUCAUCCGAAACUUGAGAGAUGGUGAACGAAUACAAGAAAAUUGUCCUGCUGGUGGGGCUAGAGACCAUUAAGGAUUAUGAAUUUAGAUUGAUUAAGUCCUUAUUGGCCAAAGACUUAAAACUGACUAGAAAUAUGCAAGAUGAUUAUGACAGAAUUAAGAUUGCUGACUUGAUGGAAGAGAAGUUCCACAGAGAUGCUGGGCUGGGAAAACUGAUCACACUCUGCAAAGACAUUCCGGCACUUGCAGAACUCGCGGAAACUCUUAAAAUUCGGAGGUUGAAAGGUAACCAGGAGGCACCCCUGGCUCCCAUCCUUUCUGYCCCCACCUUCCCCAAAAUUGAAAACGAAAUCAAGAACUCUGAAGACCCUGAGAGAACACAGCUUCCCCCAGAACAGGGUCGGUUUAUGGAACCUUCAGCCACCAGCGAAGAACAAACUGCGGUCUGUCCCCAGACUCCUCAGGGGCCUCCACCAGAACCAUCCCAUAGUCCUCCAAUCAAGCGACUCGACAUUGAGAAGUCUGUAUCUUUGGUGAAUGAGCAAGAAAAAAUUGCUUCAAAUCUUCAGGGCGGGCACGUAAGAGCACAAGAAAUGGACAACACAAACACCCAAACACAUGAUAACAUGAAGGUACAGGAAUCUCAGGGACAGCGUCAACUUCCAGAACUGUCAUCAUUUGCCACACAAACAACUGCGAGUAUGUUCCAGACUUUUAAGAUGGCUCCCAGAGCACCAUCCUGCAGUUUCCAGACUCUUCAGGUGACUCUAACAGAACCAUCCACCAGAAUCCAGACUCUGCAGAAUCCAGGACUGACAACUGUACCUACGGAAGCUUCCGAAGAACAUGGUCACCAGAAGGGCCCCAAAGAAGUAGUGGUGUUGAAAGUAACCGAACCAUUUAUUUAUGAGUUCAAAGAAGGCGGGAAGAAGAUGUUUCAUGCUACAGUGGCCACCSAGAGCGAAUUCUUCCGAGUGAAAGUUUUCGACAUCAACUUGAAGGACAAAUUCAUCCCAAAGACAGUUAUUGCCAUAUCUGAUUAUAUUGGCCAAGACGGGUUCCUGGAGAUAUACAGUGCUUCAAGCGUGUCUCACGUGAGCGCAGACAGAAAGAUGGAGAUCUCAAAUAGACUGAUUAAAAAUGCUAAUGCAACUCCUAAAAUCGAGUAUCUUUGCUCGCAAUGUACAAUGAAAUUCGUGAAUGGGGUGUACAMGGUGUAUAAGAAAGACAUGAGGGAAGAUUGCACUUAUUAUGGAAUACGAGAUGACACAGGGAACAUGGAAGUGGUGGUGUAUGGAUGGAUGACCUAUGUCAACUGUGAGGAAGGAGAUAAAAUUAAUCUCUUCUGUUUUGAAUUGGCUUUCAAUGAAGAUAAGUGGCAGCUUAGAUCUGUAAGGCACAGCUAUAUCAAGGUAAUCAAGGCCAGGAGAUUCAGCAGAGGACAACUCUAUUGUAAUUCAAAUAUGAACACUUCACAAGAAUCCUCCUAAAAGCCAGGAUGCCAUUGAUAACAGUGCUCAUGGAGAUACGAACCAAGUACAGAAAAAAAGAUACAUAUUACAAUAUCAUAAUAUGAAACCCAGCUUUUGUGCUGAUGAUAUAGUUUAGUGGUACAGUGGUUUCUUAGCAAACAUGAGGCCCUGGGUUCAA